AUGGCCACCAGCCUCAGCGCAGAAGAUCCGCCGUCGCCGACCCCGCUGUCCACGCAGCAGACCACGCUGCUUCUCUUCGUGGCUGUGCUGGGCGCUGUGCACGCGGGCCUGUGGCUGCUGAGGCAGCGGCGGCGGCAGCCCUUGUCCGCACCCCCGGGACCGUUCCCGUGGCCGCUGAUUGGCAACGUGGCCGCGGUGGGCCAGGCGCCGCACCUCUCCUUCUCGCGCCUGGCGCGGCGCUACGGCGACGUCUUCAAGAUCCACCUGGGCAGCUGCCCCAUCGUGGUGCUGAACGGCGAGCGCGCCAUCCACCAGGCCCUGGUGCAGCAGGGCGCCGCCUUCGCCGACCGGCCGUCCUUCCCCUCUUUCCGCGUGGUGUCGGGGGGCCGGAGCACGGCCUUCGGCAAGUACUCGGCGAGCUUGGUUUCAACUCCCAGAUCUGCAGCGCACACAAUGUACAAAGCACACGGACCCCGGAAACCCGGGGGGCGUCAGAUCCUCCAGGGCCACCUGCUCGCCGAGGUGCGCGAGCUGGUGGCGCUGAUGGUCCGCGGCUGCGCGGGCGGCGGCUUCAUCGACCCGAGGCCCCUGACCUUGGUGACCGUGGCCAAUGUCAUGAGCGCCGUGUGCUUCGGCUGCCGCUACAGCCACGACGACGCCGAGUUCCAGGGGCUGCUCAGCCAGAACGAGGAGUUCGGGCGCACGGUGGGGGCGGGCAGCCUGGUGGACGUGCUGCCCUGGCUGCAGCGCUUCCCCAACCCCGUGCGCACUGCUUUCCGCCAGUUCGAGCAGCUCAACCGCAACUUCCUCCAUUUCAUCCUCGAUAAGUUCCUGCAGCACCAAGAAACCCUUCGGCCGGGCACUGGCCCCCGGGACAUGAUGGACGCGUUCAUCCUUUUGGCAGGGAAGGAGGCGACCAAGGACUCCGAGGACGGCGGCGCGCGCCUGGACUUGGAAGACGUGCCGGCCGUCAUCACGGACAUCUUCGGCGCCAGCCAGGACACCCUCUCCACCGCGCUGCAGUGGCUGCUCAUCCUCUUCACCAGGUACCCUGAAGUGCAGGCUCGAGUGCAGGCAGAACUGGACCAAGUGGUGGGUCGAGAUCGCCUCCCCUGCAUGGAUGAUCAGCCUAACCUGCCCUACAUUAUGGCCUUUAUGUACGAAGCCAUGCGCUUCUCCAGCUUCGUGCCUGUCACCAUCCCUCACGCCACCACCACCGAUGCCUCUGUCUUGGGCUACCACAUUCCCAAGGACACUGUGGUUUUUGUCAACCAGUGGUCAGUGAAUCAUGACCCAGUGAAAUGGCCUAACCCGGAAGACUUCAACCCAGCCCGAUUCUUAGACCAGGACGGCCGUAUGGACAAGAACCUGGCCAGCAACGUGAUGCUUUUUUCCUUGGGCAAACGGCGGUGCCUUGGGGAAGAGCUCUCUAAGGUGCAGAUGUUUCUUUUCAUCUCCAUCCUAGCUCACCAGUGCAAUUUCAAGGCCAACCCAGAGGAGUCCUCCAAGGUGGACUUCACUUAUGGCCUGGCCCUUAAACCCAAGUCAUUUAAGAUCAACGUUACUCUCAGGGAAUCCAUGGAGCUCCUUGACCAUGCUGUCCAAAAGUUACAAGCCGAGGAAGAUCGCUUGUAAGAAGCCAGAGGCUAGCUAAAAUCGUAGAAGAGCACAAGCCUUAGGGAAUGAGAGUACCGUUCUCUUUUUCCUCCCCAGCUUCUCUGUAUCUCCCCUCUGAGGUGUGCAUAACCCAACUGACCUGCAGAGGGGUGUGCGCCACCCGAGGAGUGAGCAGCUGGAGUGGAGUGGCUCCUUAUGAGCACUGAGCAGUGUAGAAGCUCCUGGAAGAUUUUUGUGUGUCAAGCAAUUAAAAGGACUCAAGGAAUUAUAUAUACUGGAUCCUGAUCAUUAUAAUUUCUUGCGAGACCAUUAAUUGGAGUUACACACACACACAAAGAUAUUUCAUUAACCUAAUCUUCUUGAGGAAGAUCUGAGAUUUAUCAUCCAUGAAAUGAAAUAUGCUCCAUAGAAAAUUAUAUUAUAAACAGAUCAGAAUAGAUUGGUGAUUAUGCAAAGGUAAAUAAUUUCUGUGCACGAUAUGUGAUUGAGGGCAACUGGGAAAAUGGUAAACAUCAGCUAUUCCAUCUCCAUCUUUCGUAGGAGAAAACUAAGAGAGGUUGUAGUGCUUAUGGAUAGGUUGACCUUUCUGCCUACUGAUGUACUUUGUAGAAUAAGUCAUAAAAUUGAUUGCUCAAAAAAAAAAUUAAUCAUUGGCGUGACUACAAUGGGUUUCAGUGAUUUUUGUGAGUAUUAAAGUAUCAAAUUUUAUACUGAAGCCCUUUCUCCAUUGCCAAAAUUGUAAUAUUCCAAAUAGGAGGAAAAAUCACCUACCUAACAAAACUUUAAAUUCUGUGAUUUUGCUACACUGAUUACAGUUAGU